AUGUUGUGGGACAAACUGUCCUGGCUGCUAGCCCUCGUGGCCGUAUCAUCAGGAGGACUGCCACCAUCAAACGAGCCUCUGUCUGCUCCCAGAAUCUUCCUGUCCUUUAAAGAGCUAAGGUCUACCGGUACUGCUCAUCACUUCUCCUUUCUGCUCAACUCAACCGACUAUCGGAUCCUGCGCAUGGAUGAGGACCAUGAUCGCAUGUAUGUGGGAAGCAAAGAUUACAUCCUGUCUCUGGAUCUGCAUGACAUCAACAAGGAGCCGCUAAUUAUCCACUGGCCUGUUGCAUCCCAGAGGAAGACUGAAUGCAUCUUGUCUGGGAAAGACACCAAUGGGGAAUGUGGGAACUUUAUCCGUCUGAUUGAGCCAUGGAACCGGACCCACCUGUAUGUGUGCGGAACAGGAGCAUAUAAUCCCAUCUGCACAUAUGUGGAUCGAGGACGUAGGUCUCAGGGUUUCAGCAACCUACAGGCACUUCAGUCAGGAGGGAGAACGAGUCGAGCAGCAGACUACAGCUCUACAUCUGAGCCUUUGAACAAUAAGGAGUACAUUUUCCGUUUGGAACCUGGCAAAGUGGACUCUGGAAAAGGAAAAUGCCCAUAUGAUCCUAAACUUAACAGUGUUUCUGCCCUCGUCAAUGGAGAGCUCUACGCAGGAGUCUAUGUGGAUUUCAUGGGAACAGACUCCGCCAUCUUCCGUACUCUGGGGAAGCAAACAGCCAUGAGGACCGAUCAGUACAACUCCAGAUGGUUAAAUGAUCCAACUUUUGUCCAUGCACACCUGAUUCCAGACAGCUCUGAGAAGAAUGAUGACAAGCUGUACUUUUUCUUUCGUGAGAAGGCCUCUGAGGUGGGCCAGAGCCCCAUGACGCAGUCCAGGAUAGGGCGGAUCUGCCUGAAUGACGACGGUGGACACUGCUGUCUGGUCAACAAAUGGAGCACCUUCCUGAAGGCUCGUCUGAUCUGCUCUGUGCCUGGAGCUGACGGCAUUGAGACACACUUUGAUGAACUCAGGGAUGUGUAUAUCCAGCCAACCCAAGACACAAGGAACCCAGUCAUCUAUGGAGUCUUCUCAGUUUCAGGAUCUGUGUUCAAAGGCUCGGCAGUGUGCGUCUACUCCAUGGCUGACAUCCGUAUGGUGUUUAACGGGCCUUUUGCCCACAAAGAAGGGCCCAACUACCAGUGGGUGGCAUAUUCUGGGAAAAUCCCCUACCCUCGACCUGGCACUUGUCCUGGAGGUACAUUCACUCCAAACAUGAAAUCCACAAAGGAUUACCCAGAUGAGGUUAUCAACUUCAUGAGAAACCAUCCCACCAUGUACAACGCUGUUUACCCGGUUCACAAGCGCCCCCUAGUGGUCAGAACAAAUGUGGACUAUGAGUUCACUACGCUUGCUGUUGAUCAAGUUAGAGCUGCAGAUGGGAGCUAUGAGGUGCUCUUCCUGGGAACAGAUCGUGGGACAGUCCAGAAAGUCAUUGUCUUGCCAAGAGAUGACUUGCAGACAGAGGAAUUGGUUCUAGAGGAGGUGGAGGUGUUCAAGGUUCCCACCCCAAUCACCACUAUGAAGAUUUCAUCUAAACGGCAACAACUCUAUGUAGGAUCCGUCCUGGGUGUGACCCACCUUGCUCUGCACCGCUGUGAUGUGUAUGGUGAAGCCUGUGCUGACUGCUGUCUGGCCCGGGACCCAUACUGUGCCUGGGACGGCAAGUCCUGCUCCAGAUAUUCUGCCUCACAGAAAAGACGGAGCCGGCGACAGGAUGUAAAGUAUGGAAACCCAAUCCGUCAGUGCAGAGGUUAUAACUCAAAUGCAAAUAAAAAUACUCUGGAGACAGUUCAGUAUGGAGUGGAGGGCAGUACUACGUUCCUGGAGUGCCAAGCUCGCUCUCCUCAUGUCUCCCUGAAGUGGCACCUGCAGAAGGAAAACAGUGACAGGAGGAAAGAGAUACGCUCAGAGGGCCGCAUCCUGAAAACUGAUCAGGGUCUCCUCAUCCGUUCGCUGCAAUUUUCUGACAGCGGCAUCUACCACUGCACGUCCACAGAGAAGAACUUCAAGCACACUCUGGUGAAGCUGCAGCUUGUUGUCCUCUCCAGCCGUACAGUCAACAACGUGCUGGUGGAUACGGGCAACCCUGCCCUCCCCCAAAUUCAGUCCAGCACAUGGACCCCUAGUGUCGGGCAGUACAAGGACCUGCUGACCAUCCUCAGCCAACCGGAGAUGGGGCUGAUCAACCAAUACUGCAAGGACUACUGGCAGAACGGGGACGAAAGCCUCGGGGAUAGCAAACCAAAAACCCUGAAGGAGUUGAAGGAGCAGAAGAAGCCCCGCAAUCGCCGACAUCACGAGGACCAGACGAAUCCAGCAGAGACAUGAAGAGUUUAGAUGGACAGCCUGUCACCUUCAAACAGCACCCUUUGUCUACCUUCUUGUUUCCCCUUACAACCCUCUAUUUAAGGGAAACGACUCCAUUCAACAGACCAUGAGAAAGAAAGCAUCACACAGUUUGUAUGUAACAGUUGGAAGAACAAACACAAUAUUUAUUGUAGGUUGUACAAAGUAAUUCUUUCUACCUAUCUAGAAAACACGUUUUUGUGAAUAGAUCUGUGCAAAUAUUGUUAUAAUACUAUUGUUAUUAUAAUUAUUAGCAUUAUUGUUUAUGACAUUGUGUUAUUAUGUUGGAAAUAUCUUUGUUUAGUGUUUCCUUUUUUAACAGCAACUAUUUCCCAUGACUUUAAAGAUGUCCACACAUACCAGAGUGGAUAAACUUCCUAUUCUUUGGGCAGUGAUGUUGGAUCUAUUAACUGCUGGCAUUGCCCUUCACCAGAACAGCCAUUGCAAAAAGUGGACACUAAAGAACUGUACAUGAAGCAGAAAAAAACUACCUUUCAUAAUGAAGGUAGGAAUGCAGAUAAACUGCAGCUGCAGCAGCUCGUUACAAACUCCCAGGAAACUCAAGUAAAGAUUGCAAACUGCACUGUACCUAUUCUUCCAUGAUAAGUUGCUGCCAAGUGUUGUUUUUUUUGCUUGUAUGUAAACAUCACAUCUCAUUGUUGUGUUCUCGACAUCUUGUUAGAAGCUGUUUCCUUUUUUUCUUGUUUUCUUUUUUCGGAGGCUGAAGCUGAAAACGGAACAAUGCCUUCCCCUUCUUUGGAGGUUAUUCCAGCGGGCAGCUAUAUGUCAGUCUGUGAUUUAAAAGAUAUAUUAGAGAAAGCACCUUUUGUUGACAGAUUGGUAAUUCUUAUUCAAUUCUAUAGAAAGUUCUGUUUUUAAAAAUGUUGAACACCCUAUAUGCUACAAUGCUGUGAAAAAGUAUUUGCCCACUUUGCUUUUGCUGUUUUGUUACAUUUAAAUAGUUCUAAUAAUUAACCAGCCGUUAAUACCAGGAACAAUUAAGCAAUUAUGCAGCUUUCCUUUGUUUAAUUUUUAACGGGGGAAAAAAAGCUAAUCCUCACAAGUCUGUCAUGUGAAAAACUAUAUCAGUCGUUUACAUCUCUGUGAAGAUCCAAGCUGGGGAGGAUUUAAAACACAAACAGCUUAUUUAAGGUGAUGCCUCAUCAUCUGAAUCAGAUUUAGGUCAAUUAUUUAACUAGAUUCAUGUAAAUUACCUUUUUUUUUGGGCCAUUCAGAUAAACUUGUUGCUGUGCUUUGGACCAUCGUCCAAAGGGGGUUGAGCUCAAAGUAUUUAAUUAUUAUAAAGGGUAUAACUAAUGUUUCCAUUAUAUAAUGCAAGUUGCUAUGAUCCUGAAAGAGCAAAGAAGCCCCUUGAACAUCAAACUGCUAUACCAACAUAGUUUUUUUUGUUGUUUGUCUGUUUUUUUUAUUUGUUUUUUUGGGGGGUGGGGGUUGUUAUAUUUGUUUUUUUUGUUUUUUUCUAACAAUAUUUAAAUUUUAAUUUCAGAUGUAAUAGAGCUUUAGCUCAUUUGAAGGGGGCUUUCUAAUGGAUGCUAUUUUUUCCCCAGACUGUUUCUUAUUAUUGAGCCAUGAACGCUGAUUUUAUCUGAAGAAUGUGGUACCUGCAGUGCUUUUGGUGUUAAUUUGUGACUUUCUGGAUAACUAGUAUGGGUCGACCACUCCUGGAAAGGUUCUCAGCUCUUUCAUGCUUUCUCCAUUUGUUGGAGUCUCUAAGCCUUUGACACGGUUUUGUUACCAUUUGCAAACUGAUGGAAAACAAAGUAAUCAAUAAUUGUUUUUGCUUGAGUUUUUUAGCUCAUGGCAUGUGUUUUUUUUCCCCCUUUGAGAUAUUAUUGCCUACUUGGCGUUGGCAGGCUUGAGGUGAUUUCUGAACCCUUCAUGUCUGUCAGUAACCAGAGCCUGGGUGUAGAUAGUGAAACUGAACUUGGUUGUCCAGUCAUCAUUAAUUCAACAUAAACAGAUGAUUAGUUAUUCACACAGAUCCAGGCUAGUUAGGAUUUUCUUUUUUUGCUAUAUUAAUCAUUAAAAUUGAUAUUAGGAACUAUAUUUAACAAUUAUUUAUUUACUCAAUUACUUUUCAUUAUUAGAAAUUGUUGCAAAACGUAACACUUUUUCACUGCACUGUAGUUUUUUCAUUCCUACCAUUUUCAUGUAAAUAUUGGUGAAAAUAAUGUAAUCAGUCUACACAAUUGUGCAGAUUUAUAGUGCUAUGAUAACUGGUGCUGUACUUUAUGUAUCAUCUGGUUAAAAGAGAGCUUCAGCAGCUCUAUUUGUCCGGGUAUGGAGCCAUCCUUUAUUACUGGUGCCACAGACUUCUUACAAACGGCGUAGAAAAAUGAGAAAAAAAAAAAAAAAACAGUACCACAAUCUUCAGAAAUUGAAUUUUAAAUGUGCAUGGCAUGUACAGUGUAUGUAUGUGGUGUUUUUGUCUGAAAUGUUGCCGUGGAUGUCUUGAUUGUUGUCGGAAUUCAGACCUUUUUUAUUUUGGAAGAAAUGCUGAAAGGUCAGAAAGGCUGAUUACAUUUUUCUUUUUUUUAUUUUCAUUGUCAGAUAUAAGAUGUAGAGAAAGGACACAGGUCUGCAUUUCUGUUAUGUGAAUCUGUUUUCUCUGUAUGACAGGUCUGUGAGGUAAUGUAUAAUAAGCACACUUGGUGGUAAUGUAAUGACUUGUAAAAACUUAUAUCUUUUCUUCCUUGUCAAUGUUGCUAACUAAUAAAUUAAAGCUCUAUAUUUUAUAAUAACAGGUGUUCUC